AUGCGCCAAGAUAACAUUUCGGCUGCCGCUCCGCAAAAGCUACGCAAAGAUGUGCCCCCGCCAACCCCGGUCAACCUCCCAAACUACGUACCGCGCUUUGCUGCUCGCCAAGGUGGAGGUAUAGACCAAGCUGAUGAUAAUGAGGGUCAUAUUGACUUACUCAAGGUACCGCUUGUCAAGCUACUCCGGACAAUCAUCAGGCCUGUGGAUGUUUCCGAAAAGCAUUUCCAGGCUCUCGGGGUCAACGUGGUGCCUAAUGUUGCAAUUCAAGAGCUGAUCCCGGAUACUUCGGUGCUGCCAGAUUUCGCCGCCUGGGAAGCCAUGGAUCAUGCUCGAGCCUGUGACAUAAAUCAGUCAACAAGAGUUCGCAUAUGCAACGGCAACAUGUCUCCCGGUGUAGAGAUCUACCAGGACCGCAUUAGGGAGCUCUCCACCCCCAAUGAGGCUGCUUAUCGUUCCGUUCGUCGCAUGAAGCCUGUACCCGGACAGGUCCAGGCCCGCUUGGGCAAUUCGUAUGAGUUUUUCCGCAACCUCGAAGUCGUCUCGACCUACUGGGAAGAUACCUCAGCUGUGCUUGCCGGAAAGGUGGCGAAUCCAACUGCCGCCACCACCGGCGAGGCGGCUGGUCAAGGCACCGUCCAAGCCGGAGACAAUGGACAAGCAAAGGCUGCGGAGGAAGUCAUUUUCUACCGCACCGGCUCAGGAGCUCAGAUGCCUCCUGAGUAUAGAAUCAACGUGACGAAUUCUUUCCUGAAGCUUGUGGCCUAUGACUUUGGAUGCAACGUCACAGGGCCGCGGACCGAACCCAGACUGUACCUCAACACCCCAUCUGUACUGGCCCCAAUCCCGGACACUGCUGGCGACCCCAAGUCCACAAGCGUGCAAGAUGUUCCGGCUCUGCCCCAGUCAGUGCCAUCGCCCGGCCCCAGCAGUUACUUCUCUUCGGAUUGCACUUUCAUUUUCCGCACUCCUCGAACUCGGGAGGCGGCCCGGCAAGGGCUCUGCGAGGGUCCGGUUGCGGCCGUCUCUGCCCGCCAUACUACCACAUUCCCCCCUAGCGAUCCAACUGAUUCGACGCUAUCGGCACACCCAGACUCAGUCGUCGACCUGGCUCGUGAGAUCGUCGCUGCGCUGGUCACGGCACAACACCGAGCACGUGAGGGCCGCAUCGAAAGACGCAUCGGCAAAGAUGCUUGGUGGGCGACGAAAAAGCGCUGGGGUGGUGGCACGGGUGGAACCAUCGGCCGCGAGAGUGAGUUGAGCUCAGCAAUGUCAACCAGCACUGGAAGUGUAGAGGGCGGCGACCGGAGAAGUAGUGGCAGCAGCAAGGAAAGGUCAAGGCCUUCAGCAUCCCUAGUUGAGCCAACUAAGUCAUCGGUCACAGGCGAAGAGCCAGCUCGACUUGGCUCUGAUCUUAACAGCGAAGCUGGUCCAAACCGCAAAAUUGGUGGACCGGUUAUUCGUGCCUCGUCUCCAUCAUCUUCACACUCUCCAUCGGCAAUUGGCCGUAAAAGUAUACAGAACCACCAAACGCCACACCUAACGCCCCGGGUCCGCACAAAGAGCCGUCGGACAACACUGGCUAUCUACGACAGCUACCGCAUGGUACGGCCACCCGCGGCAGCGUGGGACCCCAAGACCCGGUACAGCCCCAUUGGUCGCAUUCCUGGCGCGGACUUUGACGACAUUUUUGUUGUCAGUGCACUGUUCCAUCACAUCUCCUUCUUGCGCGUGCGCGUGCCAACGCGGCUGCUCGAGGUGCUUGACGGGGCACCUGACAACAUCGAUGAAGGCUCUACUGGCGGACACAAGACCCGCAGCUGGGGCGGACUGGAUGUCUAUCGCACACAGUGGUACGACUUGUUUCUUGCCGAUGACCGCGUUGCUGCUAUGAAGGUUGUAUGGGCUAUGUUGGCGUACCUCAUGCGCGCAACUGAUGAUGACAGUGGCGGUGAUGUCAAGAUGGCUGGCACGUAA